AGUUUCCUAUGUGACCGUGAACAUAGCCGCUAAGAGAGAAUUUGCCCCCCUUCGAGUUGUUUUAUGACGAAGUGAAGAAGACAAAGGCUCCAAAGAUAGUUGGUUUCAUAAUGAAUUUACGAUCAGGAAAAAGUGUAGACAGUGUUCUGGAUAGGGAGCAGAAGAAAAGGAAAGCGAAUAAAUCUAGAGCUAGUCCGACCGCUGCCGAAAGGGACCGUGAGGAACAACAACUUUUGCUGCAAGUCGUUGUCGCGAUGGCCGUCAUUUUCAUCGGACUGGUACUCUACGUCGAGUGGAACAACCUGUGGUUUGGCCGUACUAACGCCCAGGUCGUUCACAAAUCGGCUGUGAUGGCGCCAUUAGCAUCGGGCAAGGCCAAGACAGGUGACCCGUCUCUCUACCAUCUCACCCUUCCGUCCCAAGGCAGUACUGCAGGCGACUAUGCCCAAGUCAUGGAGGCACUGCUGGAACACCAUCCCCACAGUGUCCGGCCGUUUGUCCAGGCUAUGGGGAGAGAGCUAUUCAAAGAGGUUGUCACUAAACUUAUCCAGAAGGACGUCCAUCUUCUAGAGCUCAUAUCCGAGGCCAUGAGUCUUCCACCUGACUCGGAGGGGGAGUGCUCCUUCAGGGUUAGUCCAGAGUCUGGAGAGAUGGAUGUCACAUGUGAGGAGGAUCGAAAUAUCGAGGAUCACCAGGAGCUUUAGACCACUGGAGCUUAUGUUGAUGAUUCCCUUUGUGGUCUUCUGUUUUCGAUUGUACAAUAGCGAUACAGUUUGUGUGCUUUGAGAUGAGAUAAGC